GAUUGAAAUGUAGUUGGUAUAUUAAUAAAAUGCAAUGAUCGAAAGUAUUUAUGUACCAGCCUACAUAACAAUUUAAUGCUUUGUAUUUAUUUGCAAUUUACCCGAUAUCAGAUUGGUGAUACGGGUCAUUAUAGAAUUAAAAUUGAUAACAUUAUCGGUGAUAGUGUAGUCGAUAUCGUUUUAUUCUGCUUCUGGCAUAAGUUAUUGUUACGACCUUUUUGCUGUAGUGAGUUUAUUGUAGUUUAAAAUGUCGGUACGUGAGUUGAACCCGGAACUGGCAGCGGUUGCACAGGGGGAGUUGAACGAAGAUCCAAAGAGGGUGAAAGAGGAUCUGCAACAUCUUAAAGACUGGCUGGCUAAGCAGCCACACUUAAACGCCAGGAUAGACGAUCAAUGGUUGAUAGCUUUUCUCCGAGGAUGCAAGUUUAGUUUAGAGCGUACUAAAGAAAAACUGGAUCUCUAUUAUGCGAUUCGCAAAACGGCUCCAGAUCUAUACAGGCUCCAUCACAAAGAUCCACUUUUUAAUGAAAUCCUUGAACUGGGGAGUUACUUAAUUUUGCCCAAAGCACCUGGACCAAAGUCCCCUAAAAUCUGCAUAAUCAGCCCUGGAAGAUAUGAUGCGGAUAAAUAUUCUAUUAGCGACGUUUUAUCUGUAUCCUAUGUGUUAAUCAAAAUACUUUUGUUCGAAGACGACCAUUUGGUUGUCACGGGAUUACAAACAAUACUAGACUUGGAAGGAGUUACGAUGGCACACUUUUUCCAAAUGACUCCUCUGCAAAUGAAGAAAAUGGUGGUGUCGGGUCAGGAUGCUCUUCCUUUGCGAAUGAAAGGGACGCACUACUUAAACACUCCUGCAGGGUUCGAGACAAUAUUUAACGCUAUCAAAGGUUUGCUCAAUGAGAAGAAUAAGAAACGACUGUAUGUCCAUAACAAAAAUUAUGAUGAAAUGUACAAAAGUAUCCCGAGGGAGGUUUUACCUAAAGAGUACGGGGGUGAUGCAGGGACCAUACAAGAAAUUGUCGAUUACUGGAAGAAGAAAGUAGAGGAGUACAGCGAUUGGUUGGAAGAGGACUUGAAGUACGGCACUGACGAGUCCAAGAGGCCAGGCAAGCCUAGGACGGCAGAGAGCAUGUUCGGCGUCGAGGGGUCCUUCAGGCAGCUCGAAUUUGACUAGAACAAUGAUCAAUGUAUGAUUAAUACCUAGAGCUUAGUCAUUUAUUUCGUUUAAGUAGAUAAUGGGGGUGAAGGUCGCGGGAAUAGGCUGGAUGUGGGCAGAGCAGGACCGGUCGUUAUAAAAAUCUUUGGGGGGGCCUUUGUCCAGUAGUGGACGUCAUUUGGCUGAAAUUAACGAACGAAGUAGAUAAUAAAAUAAUUUAUAGACCACACAGUAUGCAAAAUACCAGUCACAUCAGCUAUGAAUCUAACAGUUAUUGUGCAGAUAUAAAAUAUUUGAAUUUUGUAAUUUCAGUGUUAAAGUUAAGCAUAGCUAAAUGAGCAGUCAUCGCUAUUGAUGAGUUGAGUAUUUAACUAGUUAUAACUUUUGGUUGAACUACAAAUAUAAUUUUAUUUGAGUCAAGUGAUAAGUAGCUUUACACCCACCUUACCUCUGUGAAUAGUCAUUCGGUUUCAUAGAAAAUUAUAAUAUUAUGAUGUUUGAAUUUUCAAGAUCGUAGGAAAAACGUUGAUAUCUAUGAUAAGAAUUUUAGUUUAAACAUUGAAUAGGUAAUCGAAUUCCUAGUACUAAUUUUUUCUAGUUCAAGGUAUUAAUAUAUUAUGUAUGAACCUUAGAUUAAUAAAACCUAGAUAGAUAGUCAGUGCACGAAAGGUGAGGCAGAUUUUAGUAAGCCAGAAUGGCUUACUCGUAAACGUCACAUGAACUGUCAAAGUGAAAAAUUGGUAAACACGUCCGACGACUUUUAAUUAAUUAAGACGGUUUGUGCUGUGAAAGGGUGUCUAAAUACAUCAGAAAAACUAAAGAAAGUGACCAGUGUUACAUUUCAUAAGUAAGUACUACGAUUCGACGCGUAUUUUGCUUGAAUUUGGCUUUCAAAAAUUAAAUACGGGAAUGAUACCAGUAACAAGAAAAUUUAUUUCCCAAUUGUUCGCCGUACAAAUACACUUCCUUUUUUAUGAAAUCGAGACUUUUCAGUCGAUUUAUCUUAUUGUAAUUAGGUAGGUACUUUGAAUUCAAUAAAUAAGUAAGUACAUGAUGCGUUUUGUUUUUGUUAGUUAUAAAAUAAUUAAAAACGUAUUAAAAAUUUCCCUACUUUCGGGAAAAUCGCCUUCACUGUCUACACUCCCCAACAAAAUUGACACUAAUGACAUAAGAUUUUUGCCUCACUCUUGACGAAGCGUUUGUAUGAAGACUAUCCAUCUAGGUUUUAUUAAUCUAAGGUAUGAACAUGAUACAUUGUAUUAAAGGUACUAAGUACCAAACAAUUGUUCUUUUAAUUACCUUUUUUGUCAUCUGUGGGUUUUCACACAACCUCGAGCUUUUGAAUAAUAAAUAAACAACUAAUACAAGAA